AUGGUUGGCCUCAGCUUCUUGCAGAAAGCGGCUCCCUGCCUCCUCUUCUUCUUUAGCCUGUACAUCGCCGAUGUCCGUGGUGCGCCUCUGCCUGCCGGCUCGGAUGAAUGGCAUAUAGGUCCGUCGGGCGAGGGAUCUGACCUUUGGCAGGGGGGCCCGUCCUGGUACCAUGCGCCUUCGCCACAGUAUCACAAUCCUUACCCUCCGAUGUACCAUGACCCGUCGACUCACUACUACCAGCCCAACCACGGUGUCAUGAGCCCCGCUUUUGCGUCCGAUCCGCACGCUACUAUGCCUUGGUCACCCGCUCCAGCGACUCCGGAACAUCACGCUCCUGUGCCUUGGCCAGCCGCUCCAACGACUCCCGAACAUCACGCUCCCGUGCCUUGGUCACCCGCUCCGACGGCUCCGCUGGACGAGACCGACCACGCCAUCCUUGGCUCUCUCCUCGAUGAGACGCACGCCCCUGAAUCAGGAUCCAGCGGAUCAGGGGCUGGCGGAUCAGGGGCUGGCGGAUCAGGGGCUGGCGGAUCAGGGGCUGGCGGAUCAGGAUCCAACGUAUCAGUCAGGCCAGGACUCAUGAGUCGUCUGCGCUCCAAGCUCACCGGAAAAGCGCCCGCCGAACGCCAGCGUCCCACGCGACCGGCUCCAGUGCCCGCAACCGAAUCUUUUCCUAUCUUGGAGAGCGCGCAUCCGGAACACGUGGUGGGAGAGGGCCACGCUUGGCCUGGAAAUGGUGGUCACCCUCUGGAGCCAUACCAGGGUCUGGAGCCGGUGCAAGCUCCGAAGGGUCCGCAGCAUCUGCAGUCGAUUCCGUUGACUCCUCCUCCUCUGCCGCAAAAGCUGAAGGGCUUGAAGUAUCUUGUGAACUUGUCCAAGGACGCACAGCUUCGCAGAAAGAUCAACAUCCGCCUUUUCGACAACAAGCUCAAGUGGAUCAAUCCUGAAGACCUCCCAGUCGACAUGAAGCGGUCUCAACGAGCGGCUGCGCUCAAGCCGAGUCGCUUGGCUCCGUAUGUCGAAGAUACAUCGGGAUCGGAUGGCGAGGCUCGACAGAUCCGUAUGGUUCCUCAGGAAAUCAUUCAGACCCACGAGUACGGCAAGAACCACAUCGUCGACUUCUGGAGCUAUCCGAAGACCAGUGGAGCCGCGUCCAGGCCGACCGUGAUCAAGCACAUCGGGACCGGCAUCCUGGACCCUGAGGAUGUCGGUUGGGUCAACCGUCACCUUGGAUUCAUGUCCACCCUCCCUGAGUACAGUGAUUAUGUCUUCCGAAGACUGCGUGACUGA